UCCUUGUAAUCACCAUUCACUUUGAUCUUUGAGCUCUACUUACUGUGUCUCUUUUUCAGGGAGAAAGAGGAAAUAUUGGUCCACCAGGUUCAAAGGGACUGCCAGGUACAAAAGGAAAACCAGGCUUUCCUGGCAUUGAUGGACAUCCUGGAAAUAUGGGGCCAAAAGGGGAGAAGGGUGACCCAGGACCUCAGGGUGAACGAGGACAGGAUGGGAACAGUAUUGUGGGUCCACCUGGACCACCAGGACCACCAGGACCAAUCAUAGCAAUACCUGAGCUACUACUCAAUGAUACAGAUGGAAUUUUUAAUUUUUCUUCAAUUGAAGAACUGGUCGGGCCUCCUGGUCCAGAUGGCAGGCCAGGUCUACCAGGAUUUCCUGGCCCUCAGGGACCAAAAGGUGAUAUUGGUUUGCCUGGACCAAAAGGACCCAAAGGCCAACAGGGUGAAAAGGGAGAACCAGGAGCUAUCAUUACUGCUGAUGGAUCUUUAACUGAAUUAUUAGGAAGAAAAGGGCAGAAGGGUGAAGCUGGAGUGGUGGGACCAGUGGGACCAAGGGGACCAAUAGGACCUGCUGGACCUAAAGGAGAACUUGGCUUCCCAGGACGACCAGGCCGCCCAGGACUCAAUGGACUAAGAGGUGUGAAAGGUGAACGAGGUGAAGCAUUAAAUGGCAUGCCUGGCUUGCCUGGACCCCCAGGGCCCCCUGGACGUCCAGGACGUAUAGUUUACAUCAAAGGAACAGUUUUCCCAGUAUCUCGCAGACCUCAUUGCAAGAUGACAGUGAGCGCUACUUACCCUGGGAAUGAAGAAGCUCUUAAUGUCCAAGGUGCUAAAGGAAACAGAGAUUGCUGGGGACUGCAGUCCACUGGGGGUUCACCAGACUUAAAAGGAGAAAAGGGAGACAGAGGUGAUCCAGGACCACCAGGUCCACCUCUACCUCCAUCAUAUUUCAGCCACUUUAUUAAUAGCAUAAAGGGUGAAAAAGGAGACAAUGGAAACACUGGUGUAAAAGGAGAAAAAGGAGAACCAAACAGAGGAUUUUACCUGACAGGACCUCCUGGACCACCUGGAAGACCAGGAUUAAUUGGACCAAAAGGGGACUCAGUUGUUGGACCCAGAGGACCUCCAGGGUUACCUGGCUUACCUGGACUACCAGGUUAUGGAAAAACUGGACCUCCUGGCCCGCCUGGCCCACCAGGACCACCAGGACCCCCUGCAAUAUAUGGCUCAGCAGCUGCAAUGCCUGGCCACCAGGUCCUCCCGGAGAGCCAGGGCCACCUGUAAGCAGGAAUCUGAUUACAACAUUCCAAAACAUUGCGGGUAUGUUGGAAAAGGUUCAUUUCGUAGCAGAAGGUACGCUAAUCUAUCUGAGUGAAACCAGUGAGGUUUUUAUCCGUGUUCGGAAUGGA